UCUGCAAGAAUCCAACUUUCCGGGCCUUUUACUAGUUUCGCUUCUCGCAUAAUUAAUAGAUGGAAAAGCAUACAAUGUUGUAUCCCCCGGCAUACUUCACAUUCUUCAUCCUUUCGAUUUCUUGGACAGCUUGUGCUCCGGAAACUGUAACUGGUGCCAAAGUGCGGUACCAUCAUCAUCAAAAUGCUCCGAACUUGCCGAAGCUUUUUGUUUUCGGUGACUCAUAUGCUGACGCCGGUAAUUCGCCAAAAUCCACAGCAAUCUCUUGGAAGAAGCCAUAUGGGGUGAGCUUUCCGGGUAAACCGUCAGGCAGAUUCUCUGAUGGUCGCGUUCUCACUGAUUACAUAGCUUCAUUUCUUGGCACAAGUUCUCCAAUACCCUUCAAUGAAUGGCUGGGAUUAGGCGAGAAAUCUGCACUGGAAAAUGGAUUGAACUUUGCCGAAGGAGGGACAGGUGUGUUCACAACAUUGGCUAAUGGACCAAAUAUGACAACACAGAUUAAUGUUUUCCAACAACUGGUUCAAGAAGAAGAAGUGUACAGCCCAGAAAACAUGAGUUCUUCAGUUGCUUUAGUGUCUGUGGCUGGCAACGACUAUGCUGCUUAUUUUGGCAAAAAUGGCACCAAUGAGGAAUCGCCUGUUUUCACUAAAUCAAUCAUGAGCCAGCUUGUGUUGGAUCUUCAAAGAAUACAUGGAUUAGGGGUGCGGAGAGUAGGCGUUACAGCAAUGCACCCCUUAGGGUGUUUGCCCAUGACGACUGCUUCCAUUUCACAUAAAAAUUGCAGUGAAAAUGGAAAUUGGCUGGCCAAAUUCCACAACCAAAUGUUGCAGGAAAACAUAGAGAAUCUUAACAAUGAAGCUGGUGCACCUGUGUUUGUGAUCCUUGACCUCUAUAGCGCUUUCAUGUCUGCCUUGAACCUGCAAAACAACCAUCCAGGAAAUUCGACGUUUGAGGAUCAAUUAAGUCCAUGUUGUGUUGGUACUGAAAGGGGUUAUACGUGUGGAAGUGUCAACGGUGUUGGAAUAGAGAAGUACAUCGUAUGCGAGGAUCUCAAGCAAUUCUUCUGGGAUGAUAUUCAUCCUUCGCAACAAGGUUGGGAAGCAGUGUAUUCAGCUCUGAAACCUUCUCUUCAGAGCCUCCUCAAUUGAUCAACCUAGUAUAAAUAUUCCCAUAUGUGCCAGUGAGGCUUUUCAAACAACUACCAUAGUAUUGAUGAAGUUCAUGUACUUGGAUGUAUUAAUCUCUUCUCCUUGGUUUGUCAAGGUUUGCUUUUACACUAUAGACUUAAAAGGA